CUAAUUGAUUUUAAUUUGGUCGUAAAAUGGAAUGGUCGUAGAGCUGUUUGUUUAAAAGAUACUCAGAAUAUGUCAUUCGUUUAGAAUACACUUGUUUACUAUAGAAAUGAAUUAUUUAUAUAUGAGAAAUAAUGUCAAAGGUUUUCUAAAAUAAAUGAGUCUGAAAAACUAAAAAGUAUUAAUACAUAUCAGAAACGGAAUAUUACGUUCCACGAAGGCAGUGUCAAAACGGUGCCAACGUGAUCAUCGAAUAUUAUCGUUAAAGUAUCAGGUUAUUGUGAAAAUAUUUGCUGAUUUGAUAGAACAAAUACUUUGGGAAGCCAAAUAUUGAGAGAAAAGAAUGGGAAAAUCGCGGAACGGAAAAAUCGCAGCUGCCAGUACGGCAGUUGCGUUCCUUUUGAUUGUCAUCGCUUUUACCACGCCCAACUGGCUUCAAACUGAUGGUAAAUUGGAAAACCCACAAUUUAAUAAAAUUGGUUUAUGGCAAGUAUGCUUUCAAGGAAUUGAAGACACACAUCACUUUUAUGACACUAAAUUUGUUGGAUGUUGGUGGGUCUUUGAAGAAGAAUAUUACAUUAUCCAUGAUUUGUUGCUACCUGAUUUCUUCGUAGCUACACAAUUCUUCUUUACUCUCUGUAUGACUCUACUUUUGAUUGGAGGUUUCCUCACUGCACUGUACACAUGCUGUUCUCGUCAGCAUGACAAAUACCAGUUACUUCUUUGGGUUAUUGGAGCGAAUCUCACAUUAGCUGGUAUUUGUGGUAUAAUCUCAGUUAUUAUAUUUGGAGUGCAUGGUGACAGUCGUGUAUGGAUGCCUAAUUGGGAGCAUAAUGAUAUUGGAUGGUCAUAUGCUUUAGCUGUUGUUGGUAGUUUUAUUUUAGUUGAGGCAGGCAUACUCUUUUUAGUCGAGGCCCGAAGACAUAAGAAAAAACAGGAAAGAAUACUUGGUGAAGAGGGCAAAACGCAUACCACCAUCUAGAACUUAAAUUGAAAUUGUACUACACUUAAUCCAUUUUAGACAGAUUACUGAUCUAACGUUUUAAUAUGUUAGAUAUCAAAUAAUAGAUUUACGUAUGACAUACGUAGUGUAUUUGAUCGCGUAGUAUUCUAUAUAUAUUUUUUUCAUUUUUGUCAAUAUGUUAUAUGAAUAAACUAAGCAGCUAUAUUAUUGUAAUGUUGAAUUUGCACGCCUCCGUCUAUAUCUUAUAUAUAAUUUUUAGACUAUGUGAAGUUUACCGACACGAAACUGUGCUUCUAGCAUUUUUCCAAAAUCAUAAUACUUUGCAAACUGCAUCAAUGAAAAUUUCGAUAUUUUUAAUCAUAUUUUACGUUUCAAUGCAGAUUCUUUGUUUUCCAUCCUUUUAUAAAAUAUACUAAAGGAAAACCAUUUUUUUACCACUAAGUAUUUAAAACUUAAUUUCCUUUUUUAUUAAUAUUGUAUGCUUAUAUGCAUGCAAACUAAUUAAACAUGCAUUACUGGAAUGUCUAUCUCGUCCAUAAUCCGUCCUUUAACCAUAAGAAUAAUUUGUACAAAUACAUUUACAUUAUAUAACAUUAUUAUCAAAUGCAUGUUGUGCCUUGUUAGAUUUUACAUUCUUUGCAGAAUGUAUUCUGUUGGCGCAAUUUGUAAUAAAUCUCAAAUGUCUAAUGGUAUUUUUAAUAAAAAUAUAUUGUCAUAGAA